AUGAUGAAGCGCGUGCUGGAGGAGAGCGGCGUCGCCGCUUCCGCGUCGCUGGGGCUGCCCUUCGACGCCGACGUGUCCAGCGAGGACCCGGAGGUGGUGGCGCGGGGCGAGGAGAGGCUGUCGCGGUCGAUCGAGCUGGCGGCCGCGUUCGGCGCCAGGAACCUCUGCGGCAUCCUCUACUCCGGCUUCGGGAAGUACAGGGCUCCCCCUACCGAGGCGGGACGCUCCAAUUCCGUGGAGGCCAUGCGGCGACUUGGCCGGCGCGGGGCCGAACUGGGCGUGCAGGUGAAUCUGGAGGUGGUGAACCGGUACGAGACGAACUUGCUGAACACUGCCGAGCAAGCGGUAGCGUUUUGCGACGACGUGGGCGAAGAGAAUGUCAGGAUACACCUGGACACGUACCACAUGAACAUCGAGGAGCGUGGUUUCGCAGAGGCCGUGCGCACGGUCGGGCAUAGACUCGGCUACGUGCACCUCGGAGAGAGUCAUCGGGGGUACCUCGGCACAGGCACCGUUCCGUGGCCCGAGUUCUUCGCGGCGCUCCGCGCCAGCGGGUACAGCGGCCCGCUAACUUUCGAGUCGUUCUCAAACAAGAUAUUGGCUCCUUACGUUGUUGACGCCCUCUGCGUUUGGCGCAACGCUUGGGAGGAUUCUGAUGAGUUGGCGCGCUCAGCGAGGGCGUACAUCAACGAGCAAUGGGCAGCCGCUGCGUGA